AUGAUGAAAAUAUUGAACACAGUUACUUUCUUUACCUUAUUUGCCGUAGGGUGCAGAGGAAGCCAGGAUCCCUUUAAACAGGAAGCAGGAAAUAGCAAUUUUCUGUACACAGCUGAAAACAUAGCAGCAGCUACGGCCUAUUUAAACUCGCUAGCCUACAGCCCAAGUAUGGCUGGUUUGCACUACAAUGCAGGGCAAAAUUUUAGUGCAAUUAAUGUGGUGCCAGAUCAGCACAGUAUGAGUGGAAGUGCGCCAGGUAUGAUAAGCGGUGCUGUGCCUAACAUAUCUAGAGACGAGAGCAUGACAGCAGGGUUAAUAGGCGGCAUAGCCUAUCCCUUUGCCAGUCCAUUUACAUAUGGAUUAGCAGGAGAUGGAUGCAGACCUUUUGGGGAGCAGAUAGCGGCCAUGGGAUACCAUGAGGAGCCAGAAAUACACCAAUACACAGAACUGACUAGUGCUAGCACAAGUGCGUUUAGGCCAUUUAUAGGAGAAAAAAGAAACGGAAAUGAAAGAAGCAGCUCAAUGGACAGAUCCGUGCUGCAAUUCAUGCCAGAAAGUAAAAAGAAAAAAGAAGAAGAAGUGCCAAUAGAAGUAUGCAGUACAUCCCAGCAAGAGGAGGAAGAGAUAAUAGAUGUGGAGAACAUCGAUGAGGAAAUGCUGGAUGUGGAGAACAUCGAUGAAGAUUCACUUCAUGAUGAACAGCUGUCGUGCUCUGACUCGGCAAAUGAUAAAGAAGAAAGAACACGCCCUGAUGUGGGAAUAUGGAACGACAGAAGAUUCUACAAUUCGCGGAGAAGGGGCUAUAAAACAAACACUGGAAGACAAUACGGACACAGUUCUACGGAUGAAAAUAUAAAAAGAUUAACAAAAAGUGAACUGUACAAAGAGAGGCUUGAAAAGAGAAUUGAAAAAUUUUAUACAAACGUUGCUCCAGUGAUAGACGACAAUUCACUGUGGUAUUUCAUUGCAAGAGGGAGCACCGCUAUAAACACUAAGUAUAGAGAUCUUUUUGGUCUGCAAGAGAUUCUCAAGAGAAGCAGUAAAGAUAAGCACAGAAAAAUGCUGGAGAGUCUAGGAGGAUACUACGCUGGGAUAUUUGAUGAUCUGAUAGAAUACAUGAAAAACAAAAGACCGAUGUGCAGUGAUAGCGAAAACCUAGGAGACAUUUACAUACGGGAAGAUCUCAUGCCAAACCGUUAUAACCUGAAAGAAGACGAUAUAAUUAAUAAGAUAGACAAGAAGUACCACGCUCUGGCGUAUGCAGUGCGCAUGGUUACAAAGAUACCGGAGGUGUAUGUGGACUUUUCAAACAUCACUGCAGAGUUCAUACAAUGCACCUAUACUUUGAAAGACUCAGAUAAAAAUGAAGAGCAUCUUCAGGUUCUGCUAAAAAUGCUCAAAAUAGUGCAAGUGUACUUGAAAGAGAAACUAAGUGACAGUACAUACAGUGCACUAUACAACAUUUUUGAAAGGCUAUACGGUAAAAAUAAAAUGGAAAAAUUAACAACUGUUGAGCUAUACAAAGAGAUUUAUGUAAUCCUUGCAGAGUUCUAUGAAAAUGCAGAGCUCAUCUACAAACAAAAGAAGUAUGUUCUAGCGGGAAAAUACAUAAUGGCAAACCAGAAGUACAUGAAAUGCCAGAUAAGAUCAAAGAUAGAAGCCGCAGAGAAGCUAGACAAAAGAGUGAAAGGGUCAAACUACUCGCCAGAGUAUAACAAGUGGGACAUCGCACCUGAUAUACGCGAUCACUACCACGUGCUAUGCGUGGACAACACAACUGGCCAGCCUAGAAAGCUGUGCAUGCCCCUAUACAAGGAUAAGAAGAGCGGAGAACUGCACUGCCUACACACAGUUAACGAUACAGUAGACCACAUAAAAGCACUGUAUACAAUAGAAGAAAAGCAGGACAUCAUACAUCCGUUUAAAGUAAAAAAAGGAACAAACAGGUGGACAUACAUACAAGAGAAAGAGAGAGCGCAGACAGUGAAAGACUUAGAAGGAUACGAGGUAGUGUUCUACCGCAUUCAUGAAGAUCUAGAAAAAGAAAAGUUUACUUUUGCGGACUUUAAACACUUGAAGUCUUACGAUGACAACAGCAUACGUAUUCCGCUGUUUUUCAAGCGUUUGAUGCUAUCAGCUGCAGACCUAGGGCCCUAUGAUACGAUGGGGAGCCAUACCGUGCUAAAUCCAGCAGGGUUUAUAGACAGAAAACCCAGCAUAUACAAGUACAACAGCAACUACAAAGGCAUGGAAUAUACAGAUGUGCAGAACUACUACAAAAAUCUGUACAUCCCAGAAAAAGAGAGAAAAGGUUUUGACUGCUACAUCAUGGACUGCAAAUGCGCUAAAAAAGAGGACAAUACAGUUGAGGCAGAGUGGUAUGUGAAAAUGCCCAGCAGUGUGAAUGAGUACACGCACUGUAUACUAAGUGAGAGCUUCAGAGAAAAAGAAAAUUCAGAAAAGUUCAAUGAGCUUGUUGAAGUCCUAGAGUCCAGGGAGUACAACAAAGACAGCACACUGCAGGGUUUCUGGCUGUCUAAUAGCUAUAAAGCAGAUAGCCCGUUAGCACCCGAAACACCGGCAAUAUUUAACAUACUGCCAAGCACCAAAUUCUAUCACCGCUCUGCAGCUAAGACAACAAGCCUAGAAAAGAUUAUAUCCGAGAUUAAAAAAGAAGAAGCUAAGCUGCAAAAAAAGGCAGAAAAGGCCAAAAAAAGCUUCAUAAAGAAAAAUCUCGAUGAUCUAUACGACCAGCUAUAUACAAAGCUUUCUAAGAGACCAGAGCCGCAGGCAGACUUCAUAGUGUUCCGCAACGUGAACAGCAGUAAGUCCAACAUAGGCGUGCAUAACGAGAUUCUUGAUAUUUUUAUUUCGUGGUACAGAACGGAAAGACUAAACCUUGAUGCCAAAGAAUAA